GCGGCUAUAAAAGCAGCUGCCGGCUGUCAAAAUACUCAGUUUGAUCAUCUACAAAAGACAAGAAACCUCCAAGCAACAUGAACUUCUCGUGGCUCACCAUCUUCAUCCUGGCCCUCUUCGCCAUGACUGUUUCGGCCAAGAACUGCCCUGCUCCCUUCGAGAAGCAUGGUAACAAAUGCACCAUCAAGCGCCCCAUUCAUGGAGAGUGCCCCCAUGGAUCCCAAUACAGUGCCAAUAUCAACCUGUGUGUCUACAAGAACUAAAUAAAUAAAUAAAUAAGUAAAUAAAAAAUAAAACCUUAUCAGCCGUCGAACACAUUUAAAACAA